AUGUCUAAGGUUAUGAGAAGUGUGAAAAAUGUCACCAAGGGUUACUCGAGUGUCCAGGUCAAAGUGCGCGAAGCCACGAGUAAUGACCCAUGGGGCCCGACCGGAACUCAGAUGAGCGAGAUCGCUCAUCUCACAUUCAAUUCGUCGACGGAGUUCUAUGACAUCGUUGACAUGCUCGACAAGCGUCUAAACGACAAAGGCAAGAAUUGGAGGCACGUUUUGAAGGCUCUAAAAGUCCUGGACUAUUGUCUUCACGAAGGGUCCGAGCUCAUCGUUACCUGGGCGCGGAAGAAUAUUUACAUCAUCAAAACCUUGCGCGAGUUUGUUUAUAUCGACGAAGAGGGCCGGGACGUAGGACAAAAUGUACGAGUUGCCGCGAAAGAGUUGACAGCCUUGAUUCUGGAUGAAGAGCGGCUGCGAGCCGAACGCAGCGAUCGGAAGACGUGGAAGUCUCGUGUUACUGGUAUCGAGGAAUUCGCGCCUGAGGGUGCCACGGUCCCACGAGGAAACAACCGACCUCACCGACGACAUAGCGACGAUGAGGAUGAUGCCGAGUACAAGCUAGCACUAGAAGCUAGCAAAUAUCAAGAAGAGGAGGAUCGAAGGAAACGCGAAAGCCGCCAGGGACCUGAGGAUGAUGACGACUUGGCCAAGGCUAUUAAGCUUAGCCAGGAGGAAGAUGAACGGAGAAGGCGAGAAUUGGAAGAAAAUAAUGCUAGUUCGCUCUUCGACGAUGCUGGGCCGAGCAACGCGCCUCAACCGACUGGGUUAAAUAUGGGAUACCAGCAAGGUAGCAAUGUUGAUUGGCUUGGAAACCCGAUCGAUCAGAACCAGAUGAUGCAACCGCAACCGACCGGAUACGUUAACAAUUCGUAUACUGGAUACCCAGCGAAUGGCUACACGAAUGGUUUUAACAAUGGGUUCAACCCUCAGCCGACAGCGCUCAAGCCGAUGCCAACCGGGUCGAAUAAUCCUUUUGCUAGCGGCUUUGGACGACAGCAGCAGCAAUCCCAGACCCCGGCAGUUCCUACUCUAAACAGCUUGCAGAGUCUUCCCGAGCAAAAGUCGCUUCAGGGAUUCACUCCAUCUCCCCAACCUCAAUUUCAGUCCCAGCCCCAGCCCCAGCCGUCCUUUCAAACCAAACAGCCUCAAAAGCCUCUUAGUGAACAUGAACAGAGGCUCAACGCCCUUCUUGCUAGUGGCGACGGCAUGGAUACAUUUGGAAAUACUGGUGAUCUUCGUAUUCCUUCUCAGCAUACAGCACCUGGUACCUUCGUAAAUUCGGCUGGUGCAGGCGUAAACAGGCUCACGGCCGAGGCUACGGGUAAUAAUCCUUUCCUUCGGCAGCAGUUCACCGGCAUGCCAACAGUAUCUUAUGGCGCACCGCAGAUGCCUGCAGCUACUGGACCGGUUAGUAUGAAUGGAUACGGUGGGGCGAGCAACCCAUUCGCGGCACGACCGCAACAGAAUAACAACCAGGGGCAAGACCUCAUCCAGUUCUAG